AUGGCUCCCAUCCGUAAUCACACGACACCCCCCGCAGACGCAAGCAGUAAGCCGGAACCUAACACAGCCGGCGUCGUCGUAUACUCGGCCCGGCUGAUGGAGAUGCGAGGGCGGUUGAGAGGGCUGAUGGGCGGAGACCUGAAGAGUCGGGCCGGCCCCCGCAUCAAGAUGAAGUGGACGGCGGUCGAGUACGCCAACGGCGUCGUCGUCAAGGGCGGCCACAGACUCGUGGGGUGGCCGAACCGAGCGAACGAGGAACCCCACGAUCCGAACGGCCCGCCGCUCGACCCGCUCGACACGAUCCCAUUCGGGAACCUGAGCGACAUCCCGGGCGGCCAGGCGGUGAUCCAGCGGCUUCUCGACUUGUGGACGAGCGGCAAGAUGUACUUCGAGCGUGCCGAUGAAGCGUUCAUCGACCUCGCGAAGCGCAACCCAAAGGCGGUCAUGCCCGGGAAGCCUCCUGUACGUCCGGCGCCGAAGUGUUGGGGCCGGCAGAGCAGGGACGACAUCGGGAAGGCGCGAGGGCGGCCAGCGUCAGGAAUCAACCCGAAGACGGGGCGGCCGUACCGGAGGCGCAAGGACGGGCCCAAGACGCCGAAGAUGAUUCUGGACUCGGACAUCGACUUGGCGGACGAGGUGGAGAGCGACAUCGGCAGCGAGUAG